GCAGAUAAAAAGUCGCGGAAUCUCUAUACUGACAAAAAUACCUGCAUAAGUUAGACUAAGUUUCCGUCGCAGUGGAGACAUGGGGAAAUAAAAACAAAUUUUAAAAAAUUAAAAAAAAAAAAAAAACUACACUGGACCUAGUGGAGGAAAUUUGACAAAAUGAGUUGCAUAAAUGAUAUAUUUAAAGUUAGGCACCAAAUAAUAAAUGAUAAAAUAUAUAUUUUAUAUAUAUAAAAUUAUAAUAGCAUACUAGCCUAAUAAUAAAGUAGCAAUUUUGUGUGCGUUUUAGGUUCCAAUGCCGCUUAUAGAUUCUCACGCUAUUCUCGUUGCAUAUAUUUAGCCUAUAUAUUUUUUUCCCAAUGCACGAAAGCCGUGUGUGUCAGAAGAGUCUUAUUCUCACUCUAUAAAUUCGCGUGGAUUAGGAAACAGGCAUUUCAAUGCCAAUAAAAGCUACCACAUCAAGUAAAAUAUCGUAGAUCAAAAGGACCAAACUAUGGGCAUUUUUUCAAUAAAUGAAAAGGACAGAAAUCAGUGCGCCCGGAUCACGCCCCGUUGCACUGCCCUCCACAGCGAUUGGUUCAUGGGAAAGAGAGCAGGGUUAAAACCCAGAGCGGUUAAAUACACAGGUAUUGAACAGAAGAGCACACCACAGUCAGUUUAAGAAUGUCAUGCCAGUGGAGGACCCAGUCUAUUGAACAUUAGGAAGAGAGAGAAAAAAAAACAAAAAAAACUUAAAGGACUCCUAAGUGUUGCACUGAGAAAGCUCACCUGUUCAUCUCACUUAAGUUACUUUGGCUUUGUGAAACUGUUUUGCUUUUGAAUUUUGUGUAACCGGUUCUGCAGAUUUUCAGCAACCUCUCAGGAUUUUGAGGAAAGCGUGAUGGAGUGCAGGCGGCCGCAGAGGAGCAUAAGGGUGCUGGAAGUCAUUCACUGGGCUGUGAUGCUGGGGUUGAUUCAGUCCGUCGCGCUCGGCGCGAGGAAAUUCCGCGGAGGACGAAACCCGCAGCCACGACGAGCGCUUCCCUCCGCUCAUUACCGGGACCGCGCCGAAACCACCGAGAGCUUCUCACUGGAUUUCACAGCUGUUGAAGAAAACAUGGACAAUUUCAUGACUCAGGUGAAGAACUUAGCGCAGUCCCUCUACCCCUGCUCGGCCCAGAAGCUCGACUACGACAUGAAGCUACAUUUCCUGGAGAAUACAUCAGUCACCUGUAACGAUGGGACCCCAGCAGGGUACUACCUGAAGGAGUCCAAAGGAAGCAGAAGGUGGUUAAUAUUUCUGGAGGGUGGCUGGUACUGCUUCAACAAAGAGAACUGUGACAGCAGAUACGAGACCAUGAGGAGGCUCAUGAGCUCCUCCAAAUGGCCACAAACUAAGACAGGCACAGGAAUACUGUCUUCGCUUCCAGAGGAAAACCCACACUGGUGGAAUGCCAACAUGGUGUUUAUCCCAUAUUGCUCAAGUGAUGUAUGGAGUGGAGCCUCCCCAAAAACUGAUCAAAAUGACUAUGCGUUCAUGGGUUCACUGAUCAUAAAGGAAGUUGUAAAGGACCUGCUCACCAAGGGUCUGGACAAUGCUAAGAUACUGCUGUUAGCUGGAAGCAGUGCGGGUGGCACUGGGGUGUUGCUCAAUGUGGACCCAGUAUCUGAGCUCCUGGAGGAGUUGGGUCACGCAAACAUCCAGGUCAGGGGUCUGUCCGACUCUGGCUGGUUCUUGGACAACAAACAAUACCGCUGCACUGACUGUGUGGACACCAUCAACUGUGCCCCCACAGAGGUCAUCAAGAGAGGAAUCAAAUACUGGGGCGGUGUGGUACCUGAGCGAUGCCGACAGGCUUAUGAAGGAAAAGAAUGGAACUGCUUCUUUGGAUAUAAAGUUUAUCCUACCAUUAAACGCCCUGUUUUCAUAGUGCAAUGGCUGUUUGAUGAAGCCCAGCUAACGGUAGACAACAUUCAUCUGACGGGACAGCCCGUCCAAGAGGGCCAAUGGCGCUAUAUUCAGAAUCUGGGGACUGAGCUGAGGAACACUCUGAAGGAUGUCCCUGCCAUGUUUGCUCCAGCUUGCCUUUCGCAUGAAUUCAUAACAAGAAAUUACUGGACCGACGUUCAAGUCAAAGGCACGUCUUUACCCAGAGCGCUCCAUUGCUGGGACCGUAGUCUACAAGAAAACAGCCGAAAUAAUAAAUCCCCUCCCAAAGGCUGUCCCGUGCACUUGAUCGACAGCUGUCCAUGGCCUCACUGCAACCCGACGUGCCCAACGAUCCGAGAUCAGUCGACGGGACAGGAGAUGAACGUUAUCCAGUUCCUCAUGCACAUGGGCUUUGAUGUGCAGAAGAUGGCCCAUCAGCAGGGCAUGGACCCAAGUAAGCUACUGGGCAUGCUCAGCAGCGGCAGCUAAAUACCGUGGAAGGACUCGCUCCCAGUUGGGACCGUGCUUCCCAUCAGUCCGUUUGAUACCUCCGACCCCAUACCCCUUUUACCCACCUCAGCUUUGACCUCAGGCUGAGCCCUGCCUUUAGUUGGGGCUCUGUGCCAACUCUCUUGGGCCUUCCAUCUCCAGAUCCCCUCAUUUGGUUUCAGUUGGUGUCCAUUUUGCUCCAGUCUAUACUAUUAUCACUGAGCAGCUUGGAGAUGGUGGAGACGCCCAAAACAGAGAUUUGGAACGGAGCCCUUGUCAGAUCCACCUCAGUUAAACCAUGGGCUGCUGACUGUUUAAAGGUUCCCCACACAACACGGUACCAGUGAAAGUACUGAAGAACCAUGUAACCAGGACAAGGUACACCUGCAUCUUUGCUCUUAAUUUAUCUUUUGGUUAUAAAAGUAUCACGAAUGUAAUCCAGUUUUACGGAUCUUCAGCAUUGUUGUUGUUGUUUGCUUUGUGUGUUUUUUUUAAGUUUUUUUAAUCUAUUUUAUCGAUAUAUUUAGCCACAGUUUAUUAGAGUUUUAUAUGUCCAUUCAGAGGAAGAAAAUACAGAGAGCAAGAGAACAGAUUAUCGAUUAUAGAGUUUAUAAUCUGUACCACAGAUUAUAGAGUUUAUGAAGUACAUGUAAGACAUAUAGAUCUACUCAAGAAUCUUAAAAACGGGAAUUUCAGAACAGGCAGACACUGGAUCAUCUGCUCUAAACCCAACAUCACUCUUGGGGUAUGGCUAAGUUGUGAUAAAAUGUCAUAAUAGUGUUUUAAGGAAAAGUAAUAGCCUUAUAAUAAAUUCUGUUACCAUUUACUAUCUCCCAUGCCAUUCCAAACAUGAAUUAUUUAUUUCUUCAGUAAAACACAACUGGAGAGCUUCUUAAAACUGUCCAAGUUUCUGUUUUUGCUACCAUCAAAGUUUAUGGUCAUUUAUACUGCCAAAAACGACAUAAUGGCACCGUAAAAGUAACAUAUUAGUCCAUAUGAUCAAUACAAUACAGAGUUCUGGCAUGAAACUCUAGAUGGCGCAGUCCUAUAGGUCUAACUCAAUCUGACCUAAUGACAUAAUUUAUCACAUGGCACAGCUGAUUGGUUCUCUCCUGUAUCAGUAGCCAAUGAGCUCGCUGCUAAACAUUCAAAUAUAUGACUAGUGCUUUCUGUAGCAGUUUGCAACAUGCUUCAGAAACCCUCCACCUUCCCCAGCUCCACCUGUAUAGGUCUGCUAUGUGGUGAUUCAUGUAUGCUAUAUAGGGGUUAUUUCAUGUAUGUUAUAUGUGCAGCAGCAGUAUUUCUUACAUGCUCACAGCAGCAUGUUGUGAAUGUAUUGGCAGUAGCAAGUCUCGGCACUUGCUCUGCCAACGUUAACAUUGUCAUGUACAUUACCAUGCCAAUCCCUCCGAGAGUUAUCAUGACAGAACUAUAUUUAAAGUCUUCUGAAGCCAUUCAUGCCAUAGCUCUCAAAUUUCAUUUGUGAUCAAGUAGACACAAAACGACCAUCAGUGACUUCAGGCCUUUUACCUGAACUCAAGUGUGAAUGACCGUUGUGAGCUCUAGCACUAAAAUCAGAAUAUGUAUCAUGGUGUGGAUGAAAAAUCCAUACUACAGGAUCAUGGUAUAGGGAAGUAAUCACAUGGACUACUUUUUGAAGACUUCUGAAGCAGUAUAAAUCCACUUGUGCUUGUAUACAAAAACAGAAGAUUGGACGUUGUUGAAAAUUCUUAAACUACAUGAGGGUGAGUAAACGACGUCAGAAUUUUUAGGUGAACUAUUCCUCUAUGGUACCAAAUGUAUACAUGCUCACAAAUCCUGGAUGAAAUGCUAAUUCCAGACAACAGAUCCUCUUUUUCAUAGUCACAUUCCAGGCACACGUUAUCCUGAAUGUGACCCUGCUACUCAGGUUGGUCUCUAUACCUUUUUGGUGUACUUUCAGUUGAACUCAUUCGCAUUGUAUUAAAAUGGGGAUUUCACCCAUUUCACUGUGUAUAAACUCUUGGGACAUCUUUUUCUUAGUAUCUUAAUGGUAAAAUAAGCAAAAUUACACUGAGUGAUAUUCCCUUUUGUGUAAUGAACCACCAUUGUACUGACAGGACAGUGAGGCGAUGGUUGAUCACGGUUUUAUCAAUGCAAAUUCUCACUCGAUUGGGAGAGGAUAUUGUGCUCUUUAUCUAUGUAUAGGUUUUCUUAACAGCUGACUCCUUUGUGAGUACUUUUGUCAAAUGAAGACACUCUAGACUGUUAAAAUAUUUAAUAGAAAUUACUUUUUUAAUAUAACUUUUUGUAGCGGUCUCAUGAAAAAUAAUAAAAACAAAUAAAUCAACCAAAAGAAACAAAAACAACAGAGAUGUGAAGGUAUUACUAAUUGCUAUUUUGUCCUGUAACAUAUUUUUUAACAGAAACUCAAUCUACAUUGCUAAGUUGCAUAUUUAUUUUAUGUAAAUCAUAUUUAUAAUGCUAUUUUCACAGAGAAGUGAUUCUUUGUAAAUUGUAAA